UUUUAAAAACUUUUUUGGUUUUUAAGGUGAACUAAACAAAGCCUGAUCAGUCGAUCGAGAGAGCUGAGGUUGACAAGCUAGAGAGGCUUUGUCAUCUUUCACGUACAGUACGGUUGUACGUAGAGCAAAUGCAACAGGGGCAGAGAGAGGCUAUAAAUUUCGCGAGAGGUGAUGUGCUUCAGUUGCAUCGUCGUCCCUUCGUCGUCGUCAUCCUCCUCCUCCUCCUGUAACUGUAAUUAAGGUGUCGUCGGACCAGCAGAGAUGACGGACGACGCCUCGUCACGGGGCGCCACCGCCUUCUUCAUCGGGGUGCGGCCGCGGCCGUGGGGCACGUUCGCCGCCGAGAUCCGGGACUCCACGCGCAGGGGCGCCCGCGUGUGGCUCGGCACCUUCGACACCGCCGAGGCCGCCGCGCUCGCCUACGACCAGGCCGCCUUCGCGGCGCCCGGCGCCGCCGCCGUCUUCAACUUCCCCGUCGACUGCGUGCGGGAGUCGCUGGCGCCGCUCGAGCUCGCCGCGACGCUGGGGUCCCCUGUCCUCGCGCUGAAGCGGCGGCACUGCAAGCGGAAGCACAGGCGCAGGCGCAGGCGCAAAAGCAGCUCGAGCGGCGCACUGCCUCCGACGGCUUCUUCUUCUUCUUCCAUGCUGCCGGAAUGCUCCGACGAGGUGUCGUCCAGCAGCUCCAACGUGUCCAUGGCAGCGCCGCCGCAGCAGCAGGUCAUCAGCCAGUGCUGCAGUAGCAUCAUUGAGCUCGAGGACCUCGGCGCUGAUUACUUGGACGAGCUGCUGCGGGUAUCAUGCGAGUCCACAACAGGUUGA